GACUUUCCUACAUAAGGUGAAACAUAUGGAACCCCAAUUUAGCUCCCCUUCUUGAAUUCAAUAUCUCUCACAGCUUCCUUUGUCAUUCCUCAUCUUAUUGGAAAGGAGAAAUGGAUUCGAGAUCGGAUCGGCUCCACAUCGUGUUCUUUCCUCACAUGUCCCACGGCCAUUUGAUCCCGACCAUGGACCUGGCUCGAACUUUCUCCAAGCACGUCGGUGUGAAAGCAACCAUAGUCACCACUGCAUUGAAUGCAGCUCUGUUCUCGGAGACAAUUGAGCGGGACCAGAAGCUUGGUCUAGAUAUCAGCAUACGCACCCUGAGGUUUCCUGGCCGGGAAGCUGGGCUGCCGGAAGGAUGUGAGAGCCUAAACUCGGUCACCUCGAUGGAGAUGGGCCUUAAUUACUACAAAGCCAUCAGGAUGCUCCGCGAACCAUUGGCAGAAAUCCUGCAGGAGUUCCGCCCCAGUUGCCUCGUGGCGGACACCAUGUUCCCUUGGGCCACAGAGGUCGCCUCUAGGUUCGGGAUUCCAAGGCUGAUCUUCCAUGGGACAAGCUUGUUUGCGAUGUGUGCAUUCUUUAGUGUCAGGCUGCAUGAGCCCCACAGGGAAGUUGGGUCCGAUCACGAGCUAUUUAUUCUUCCAGGUCUUCCAGAUGAAAUUAAAAUGACAAGGAUGCAGCUCCCAAGCUAUGUUCGAGAGAGGAUUGAUAACGAUCUUACCAGGAUGAUUGAUGAGUCAGUAGAAGCAGAUGGUGCAAGCUUCGGGGUUGUUGUGAACAGCUUCCGCGAGCUUGAGCCGGCCUACUCAGAACACUACAUGAAGGUACUUGGACGGCGAGUAUGGCAUGUGGGGCCCGUUUCGCUCUGUAACCGAAGCAUCCAAGACAAAGAACAAAGAGGGAACGGAAAUAAAUCAUCUGUUGAAGGACAGGAGUGCUUAGAGUGGCUCGAGUCAAAGAAACCAGAUUCAGUAAUCUUCCUUUCUUUCGGGAGCAUGUUCGAGUUUUCAGGUCAGCAGCUGCUCGAGAUCGUGAUGGGUCUUGAAGCUUCAGGGCAGCAGUUCAUUCUUGCCAUCAGAAAUAAAGGAAAUACUGAUGGUGAUGAUGUCUUGCCUAAAGGGAUUGAGAAAAGCGUUAAGGAGAAGGGGAAGGGACUGAUUGUCCGUGGAUGGGCCCCGCAGGUUCUGAUUCUCGAGCAUGAGGCGGUUGGAGGGUUCGUGACUCACUGUGGGUGGAACUCGACCUUGGAGGCGAUCACAGCAGGGGUUCCCAUGCUGACUUGGCCCCUAUACGCAGAGCAGUUCUACAAUGAGAAGUUGGUAACUGAUGUGCUGAGGGUUGGAGUGGGAUUGGGUGCUCAGGAGUGCGAGAGAUGGAGCAGUGAGAGGAAGUUUUUGGUUGGGAGAAAAGAGAUCGAGGGAGCUGUACUUCGGUUCAUGGUCGGCGAAGAAGCUGUAGAAAUCAGGAGACGGGCGAAGGCACUUGGUGAAGCAGCAAGGAGGGCAGUCGAGAGAGGAGGAUCUUCUUACUGUGAUGCAGAAGCAUUGCUAGCAGAGUUGAGGUCAAAACUACCUUAAAAGGGAAGAAAUUAUUGCACCGAUCUGAAUGUUUGAUCUACAGAAAAAUACUAAGCCAUAGUAAACGUGAAAUAUCGAAGUAUUCCAUGACCUGUAGAUUCACCUAAUAAUGUAAAAUCGUAAUUUGACAACGCAAAAAGCACUAUGUAACAUUUUUGCUUUGCUGUUUUGAUAAUGGUGUUCUGUUGUUGGGAUACCAAAGAUUGAGUGUAGCAAAGAAUAAGCAGAAGCUCUUUUACAGUCUGUUUUUAUA